AUGGACGGAAACGUCAAGUUGCAAAAGUUAGGUGCUCUUUAGAGAAAUUGUUAUAAAAAUUAAUGAAAUAAAUAGUAAUUUCCUGGUUUCUGAGAAUUAAAAUCUCAUAGUGAAUAUGAUCAUUCAUAUAAUAUAAUUAAGAAACGUAUUCAUUACAUGAUGCAUAAAAAUAACGAAGAAAACGACAGUGUUUAUUGUCUCACGACAGAAUUGUGCAAACGUUUUAUUGAUCAACACAAAUCAGUGGAACAUCCCUAUUUACCGAUAAAAGAUGAUUCUAAUAAAAUUAAAAAAAUUCGGAGGAGAGCUUUCGAGAUAUUGUUGAAGAAGUCAUCCAACGAGUUCGAGAACUACUCACCUCCGGACACGGAUCCUGUAGUAGAACUGUUAAAAUACACCUUCGUUUUAAAAACUGCUCUCAGGCGUUUUUCUGAAGCCGACGAGUUGGAAAAUUGUCUGGACGAAUUAUGUACUGGAAAAGAAAAUUUGAAUGACAACAUAUAUAAUAUUUUACGAUUUCUCAAUGGUCUAAAAUCAUUUGAAACCAAAAAUGAAAAUAUCUUGGAGAUAUUCCAUUAUGGUCGGCCAAACCCACUUCUUCCUCAGCAUAGGGCAAGUUCCAAAGAAGUACCACAGUUUCAAGUAUAUCCGCUCGAAGCAUUCUCUAUACCAGAGCGAUUCGAUGCAAUUUUGGGUAUCGAAACUGGUUUCCAACUACCGGAAAACAAUGGUGAUAAUUAUGAGUGUGUGUCAUUUGGCAAUCGGUUCAAAUCAACGACCACCAUAGGUAUUGAUACUCUGAGUUCAAGGGACGAGCACACAAUCGGAUCGGUGAUUUCAACGCCGAGGUAUACAGUGCGAUUAGUAUCGACCCGUGAAUUUUCCGCGUCGCCAUACUUCAUGCCUCGAAUUGCGGCUGACGAGGAUGAGGAAAACAAGGAAUAUGGUAUGGAUAGUAUGGGAAUAAUUCCUGAACCAGAACCACCCUGGGCGUGUGUCAAGUCUGAUCGAAACAACGAUGAGACGGGCUCCGAAACGUCCGAUGUCCAGUCGUCUAUUGUUGCUUACGAUUGCAAGAACCGAAUUUCCGAAAUGCACAUCGAGAUUUGGAAGGACAUAGAUGAUUUAACAGAAAUUGAGGAACAUCGAACGUGGGAAAUGUUAGGUCGUUGUGAAGUUUCAAAUGAACCGCCUUUUAUUACGGAAACGAAGGAAGUUAUGCUGCAUUUUGAAAGAAUAAAGCAGGCUGGAUACCUGCUUUUGUUACCACCGAAUAUAGUUGGAUCUUUGAAUGUUAUAACUGAAGUUGAAACCGAUGAAUUUAUGGAAAAUAUUAAACUGCUUCUUCUUGGUGUAGAGUCAAGCACUUUCCUCUGGAACGAUAAGAUGGGUUUUCGUAUUGCGAAGAAUGUUACCGUGAAGGGCCUCAGCGUCAAAGCGUUGAAGAGCGCUUGUCAAGAGAUAAUCCAUUGGGGCGAAUGUUACAAAUCGUUGUGCAAGCUCGUCCAACCAGAUCCUCACACAGGCAAAAUGCAACAGGAAGGUUUAAUAUUUCGCGCAAUGUGUAACAGCGUCAAAGAGCUUUUGCUGUAUUAUCAAGCCGUGAUAUUACGAAUAACGGUUGACAACAAAGAUUCGCAAGGAUUGUUGAAAUUGUUAAAAAACGUGAGACCGAUUGGGUACCUUAUAACGGAGGUCGCGAGAUUAUGCCGUUGUAACGAUCGUCAAACUUUGGGCGAAGGACUUGGAAUUUUGUCGCAUAUUUACGAAGAAGUAACACGAAUCACCAGGCCAAAUGUCGCCCUUGUUUUUUAUUCCAUAUUGAAAUCAUGCUGCGAGGUUUAUUUUCGUUUUUUGCAAAAAUGGCUUUUCGAGGGCAUUUGCGAAGACGAAUACGGUGAAUUUAUGAUAAGAAUUCGCCCGCAGUACAUACGUGAAAAAGGGCACGGAUUUUGGACGAAGGCUUAUGCCAUCAACAAAAAUUCCGUGCCAGGCUUUCUCGCCAAUCUUACGGAAUCGAUUCUCCAAUGUGGCAAAACAGUAAGAUUACUUAAGAUUUGUAAUGCGAAAAAUCCCAUAACCGCAAUGUUUGAAAAUUCUCAUCCUACCGUUCGAGUAUGUCUCUCGGUCGGAAUGGUUCGCGAACAAGAAUUACUUUGUCGCGAAUUUAUGAGCCGAGGCGAUGAAUUGUUAGGACGUAACUUUUCAUUUUCCGUUGCUUUUGAGGAACAAAGAAACGCGGAAAAAGAACGAGCCGAUCUCGUUAUAAACGCUCAGCGAGACACAUUGAUGCGAAUAAAACGCGAACGACAAGAAACAAAGUUGGAAGAAGCACGCAACAAACGUGAGUUAUUAGCGCAGCUCAAAGAUCAAGCGGAACAAGUUGCCACUCGCAAAGAACGCGAAAGGGAAGCAGAAUUACUGAAAGAUAAACAGUUUUUAGACGAAUGGAAUGCUGCUGAUGAAAUCGCGAAAAAUUCUCUCAUCAUUGAGAAGAAAAAUACUCUCGAUUAUUACAACGAGUUAGCAGCCGAAGUUGAGAGACGAAAAAUCCGAGCUGAUUGGCGAUCCAGAAGAAUGAAGUUGUUUGAGAAACGUGCAAAUUUUUUUAUUCGUACGAAGAAUGAAACGGAAGAUAUUGAGGAGAACCCUGCCGAGGAAGUUGAAGAACAAGUCGAUAAUUGGCCUGACAAAAAUCUCUCCGGUGAUUCGACUGUUCCAAAAGAAUCUGAGGAUGUCAAUAAAAAUUCCGAAGACAUCCCCGAUUCGGAGGAACCAUCAUCGCCUGAUCCGGUAAUCGAAGAGAUUGAAUCUUGCAAUGAAACGACAGUGAAAAAAAUUCAAUUGGUGCCGAAAAAAUCGGCACGCCCGUGCCAACUGAAUAUAAAAAAAACAUCCCACGACACAACUCCAACAAAAGUAAACAAAAAUCUUGAGGGCAAAAGUAUCAAUGAAAACUUGAAAAAUACGCAGUCGGAACGCCCGAAAGAAUUGCGACUCGGUAUAUGUGAUAAUAUGACGGACUUGCGGAGAAAUAAGCUCAAAGUUUUACAGCAAGAAUACGGAAUGACACCGAACAACAAUGAAUUCAACAUCAUCGUAUUGGAUGCUGAAGGGAACAAAAAUACGAUAAGCAUCGACGCGUCGACGGUGGAGAACGAGAACACGCGGAAAAGUCUCGAAUUGGAAAAAAACAAAAAUCGUAACCGUAAUACCAGGCAUCAAACGGAUUCCUGGGCAGGCGAAGAUACUGCAGAGGAGAGAAUCGAUGAAUUUUUAGGCGAUGAAGAAAAAAAUGACAACGAAAAUGCCAUGAGAAAGAGUGAGACAGAAAAAUUUUCGAAUUCAUCAAAAAACGUCAAAAUCGUCGAACUGAGUGACGCUCAGAAAAACCGAAAAAGAAAUAUGGCACACACGUACCAAGAUUCUUGGCUUGAUCAAAAAAAUGGGAGAGUUAAUUUUGUCGAUGCGACAACGGAUUUGGAGAAAAAUCGUGCCAAAGUCAUGGGUCACGACAAUAGAAAUUAUCGUAAUUACGAAAACGAGGAACAAAAUGCUGGUACCAAUAAUACGGAGGUAUUGACUCCUGCAAGCCAAGGACCCGACUGUGCGAAUGGAAUUACGCCGAUGUCCUGCACAACGGACACGUUUGCAACAUCUACAAGCGACAGUAUGAGCCAGUUACAUAAUUGGGAGGAUUGUUUUAUGGGAGAAGCGAAAAACGCUUCGAUGAUGAACGUCGAAACGCCUUCGAGCGAUUCCGCUUACUUGACUAAUCCUGAGACGCCGAUGCUCAACAACAAUUUCGCUCUCCAGGACAAUAAUUCAUAUUCAAAAUUCUUCGGUCUUGAGGCAGCGGCGACACCAAUGUUCGAGUCUUCGUUGACUGUAGCAGAUGUCGAAAUGAUUGACAAUACUUCGCUUCAAGUUUAUCUUGAAAAGUCGGUCGCAACACCCCUCCGCGUACAGAGUCGUUUGGCAAAUGCCGCGAUCGUUAAAUAUCUCAUAUACGAUUGCAACAUACUCUCACAUUUGCGGAGUCUUCGAAGCUUUUUCUUUCUGCUUAACGGCGAAUUUGCAAAAAGUCUGACUAAUUCGUUGUACACUAGACUCUACGAAAUAGCUGUUCCCCUGGAGCUUUUCAAAACGUCGACGUUAACGAAUUUUUUAGAACAAGCUCUCAACAGUUCGUUGAGUACAACUUACGAAAAUUCGGAGAGGCUCAGCUUGUCCGCCAUCGAUAUUCCCUCGCAACUGCAGGUGUCAAAUCCUGAGUUUCUCAAUUGUAUAUGCCUCAAUUACAAAAUAUCAUGGCCUUUAAAUAUCAUAAUAGACGAGAAAGUAUUGAAACAAUACAGUAGAGUGUUUAAAUUCUUGUUGAUGGUAGGUCGCGUUUUAUACGUGUUGCAAGAAGAUUUUCAUAUUCUCAAAGUCGAGAGAAAGACAACGAUUUCCUCGCAGUAUCACAAACUUCAAUUGUAUCGUCACUCGAUGAUGCAAUUUAUAACGGCGCUACAUACUUACUUAACGUACAGCGUAUUGCACGUUAGCUGGACGGAAUUCGAAAAACAACUUGCAAACGCAACGACCAUCGAUGAAAUUUAUCUGACUCACAUAAAAUAUAUUAAAAACAUACUAUCCCGAUGUAUGCUCACAUCGCGGGACGAAAAAAUGCGCACUUUUCUCUGCAACAUCUUUAGAGUAAUAUUGAAAUUCCACAACCGCGUACGCUCCCAAGACUGGACUUCGGGUUCUCACGUUUAUUCAACAGCAAAUUUCGAUAGGUUGGAAAAUUUGUACACAACUUUUUGCGAGUGUAGAACGUAUUUGGCUCACGUUGCCAAUAAAUUAGCGAGCAGCGGUUACCAACCGCAUUUAACUCACUUCCUCAACGCUCUUAAUAUUAACUCGCUUUACGAUUUAACCAUGGCCAAAAAAGCGUGAAUCGUGAGGCUUUUUUUCGUUAAAUUAUUUACCGUCCGAGUAUUUACAAUAAUUGGACAUCCCCAUGAAACAUAAAUAUAAUAAACUUUAAAAAGCUCUCAGUUUAAUGUAACAUCGAAGGUAGUAAUUCCGAGUGCUCGGUAUUCCAAGCCCGAUGGCAGAGCGAAACAUUCUUCUGCGAUUCUCAAUCAUUUUGUUUCUCAUCAAUAAAUCAAAUAUAUUAAUGUAUUUUCUUUUUACUGUUAACAGUAUUUACAGCAGAGAAUGUUUUGGAUCGUGGUUUAAUAGUUUAUAAAAUAUAGCUUGUAAAAACGUUUGGCUGUCGCGUACGAUCCGAGUUAAGUUAUCACAUUGAGAUAAAUGUCGUACUGUUGGUCGAAGCCGAUGUAACAAUCCGACAUGAGGAAAAACGUCACUUUCGUUCGGCCUGAAAAAGAAAAAAAAACAAGAAAAAUAUAUCGUUGAUCAAUA